CACUUGUUCCUUUUCAAUAAUGGAGCAAGUAAAAUCACCACCAUCCUCCCGGGCAAUAACAAAUUGCCGGGGAGGGGGUGGGGGAAGUAGUACGAGACACCCUAUUUAUCGUGGUGUCCGUAGACGAAGAUGGGGAAAAUGGGUGUCCGAAAUUCGAGAGCCAAAAAAAAAAUCGCGAAUUUGGUUAGGUUCUUUUAUUUCACCCGAAACGGCAGCUCGAGCUUAUGACGUGGCGGCUUAUUGCCUCAAGGGAAGUAAAGCGGAGCUGAAUUUUCCAGAUGAAAUAGAGCGAUUACCGCGGCCAAUAAGUUCCGGGGCAAGAGAUAUUCAGGCAGCAGCGACGAUGGCAGCGAAUAUGGGGAUUGUGAAGGGAAAAAAUGAUGAAGAUCGUUGUUGUAGCGAUGAUUUUUGGGAAGAAAUUGAGCUGCCGGAAUUAAGAGAUAUUGCCGGAAAAGAUUAUUAUUUGUCAUCGGAAAGUGAUCAUAAUUAUUUUAACUCUGAGGUAUGGCAAUGGAAUUCUUGUGGUGUGGAGUUUCCUAGUGAUAAUAUUAUAUAGUAGACAAUUGAGUUGUGUAAUUAUUGUAUAGUAUAGUACUCCGUGUGUCGUAAUUUAUAUGACAUAGUUCAGAUUUCAAGCGUCAAAAAAGUAGUGGGUGGAUAAGGGAAUUGGGUGGGGUGGUGAGUAGGAGGUAAAAGAGUACAAAUCGGCCCACAAAUUCAAGUGUCAAAAAUUGAAAGGAGUCUUACACAACUAUGAUUGAUUGGACCUCUAU